CUUGGAUCUUUAAAUUUAACUUGUGUGAAUCGACUUUAGCGUUGGUAUUACUUUGAGAGUGAGCUGUCUCAGUCAGGUCAACACUUCCAUCACAAGCAACCAUCUCCAAUUCAAGCCUCCAACUGUCAUCUUUUUCUCUCCUUCAUCAACAACAAACGACUACACAAUGGCUGAAUCUCACCUCGAAGACUUUCCCUCGCUCUUCUCCCUCAAGGGCAAGGUCGCUGUCAUCACCGGCGGCUCUCGCGGUCUAGGCCUCCACGCUGCAUCCGCGUUCCUUCAAGCUGGAGCUUCCAAGGUCUUCAUCUCUUCCCGAAAGGCCAAGGCUUGCGAGGAGGCAUGCAAGGCCCUCAACGCCCUGCCCAACCGCUCCCCCGGCGCGGUCGCCAUCUCGGCGCCCGCUGACUCGUCCACGAUUGAGGGCGUCGAGAGUCUCCUCGCGCAGGUCAAGAAGCACACUGACCGCGUUGAUAUUCUCUUUGCCAACGCCGGUGCCACGUGGGGCGAGCGCUUCGACACACACCCGGACUCUGCCUUUGCCAAGGUCAUGGAUCUCAACGUCAAGGCUGUUUUCAACACGAUCCGGUUGUUCACCCCUCUGCUUGAGAAGAGCGCUUCUAUCAAGGACCCUAGCCGCGUCAUCAUCACCUCUAGCACCGCUGGUCUAGGCGUUGGCACGAUCGGCAAGCAGGGUACCUAUGGUUAUUCUGCCAGCAAGGCCGCUGUGCUUCACCUCGGCCGCAACCUGGCCAUGGAGCUGGGUCCCCGACACAUUACCGUCAACUCCAUCUGCCCAGGCUUCUUCCCCAGCAAGAUGUCCAACGGACUCUUGGAGAUGUCUGGCGGCGCCGAGCAGAUCGCAAAGGCGAACCCCAUGGGAAGGCUGGGUCAGCCCGAGGAUAUCGCGGGUGUUGUGGUGUACCUCGCGAGCAGGGCGGGUACUCACGUGAAUGGAGAGUCGAUUGCCAUUGACGGUGGUUCGCUAUGGCAGCGGGGAGAGCUCAUGGGAGCAGAGUCGAAGCUGUAGUCAUGGUGUUUAGUAAUGUAUGAUAGACAUAGAGUUGGUGAUAUCUCGUAGUUGCAUUCAAUGAGUUUAUUGAUGCUUCCGUUUUACUUU